GGCAGCGGCGGCGGCCGCGGGGCGGGGGGGAAAGAUGGCGACAGCGGCGGUGGUGGGGGCCCUGGGCCUGCUGUGGGACUGGCUGUGGAGCGAGAGCUUCUGGCUGCCCCAGAACGUGAGCUGGGCCGACCUAGAGAGGCCCGGCGUGGGCAGCCUCCCGCGGGCCCGCCACGUCCUCUCCGCGUUCCCGCUGGCAGCCGGCAUCUUCUCCGUGCGCCUGCUCUUCGAGCGGUUUAUUGCUAAGCCAUGUGCAAUUCAUCUUGGCAUCCAGGAGAAUGUUCCCCACCAGGCACAGCCCAAUGCCAUCCUUGAGAAGGUAUACACAUCCAUCACAAAGUGUCCUGAUGGGAAAAGGCUAGAGGGCCUCUCAAAGCAGCUGGAUUGGGAUGUCCGAAAAAUCCAAGGCUGGUUCCGCCAUCGGAGGAACCAAGACAAGCCCCCAACACUCACUAAAUUCUGUGAGAGCAUGUGGAGGUUCACUUUUUAUUUAUGUAUAUUCUGCUACGGGAUCCGGUUUCUCUGGUUGUCACCCUGGUUCUGGGACACCCGACAAUGCUGGCACAGUUACCCCUAUCAGCCUCUCACACCUGGCCUUUACUACUACUAUAUCAUGGAACUGGCCUUUUAUUGGUCUCUUAUGUUUUCUCAAUUUAUAGACAUUAAGCGAAAGGAUUUCCUGAUCAUGUUUGUGCAUCACCUGGCCACCAUUGGGCUCAUUACCUUCUCCUACAUCAACAACAUGGUGCGAGUGGGAACGCUGGUCAUGUGCCUUCAUGACUCCUCGGACUUCCUGCUUGAGGCAGCCAAAUUGGCCAACUAUGCCAAGUACCAGCGGCUUUGUGACACGCUGUUUGUGGUGUUCAGUGGCAUUUUUGUGAUCACUCGCCUUGGUAUCUAUCCAUUCUGGAUCCUGAACACCACCUUGUUUGAGAGUUGGGAGAUCAUUGGACCUUACUCCUCCUGGUGGCUCUUCAAUGGCCUACUCCUGGUCCUACAGGUUCUACACAUCGUCUGGUCCUACCUAAUUGCGCAAAUUGCUUGCAAGGCACUGGUUCGAGGAAAGGUAUCAAAGGAUGACCGAAGUGACGUGGAGAGCAGCUCAGAAGAGGAAGAUGUGCCCACUGGGAACAAGAAAUAUCCCCAUGAUGGCAGUUCCAGCAGUGGUGCCAACCAAGUCAAUGGCCACAUGAGAAACAAUUGCUGGGCAGAAGAGUAGGGUAGGCUGAUGUGGUGACUCCAGGACACAUGAACUUUCAGGGUCACUGGCAAACCUGCUCCCCAUGUCUGUUUCCCCACCCAUAGCCCCACUCUUGUGUGGCCAUGCGGACCCGCCAGGCACUGAGGAGAGAAAAAGAAGCAAACAUUUUCACUUUUUAAAAAACUCUGCCGUUUUGUAUUUAAUAACUUUCUUGUCAGUAAUGUUAUUUGCUGUGUGUGCGUGUGUAUGUGUUUGUGUGUGUGUAUAUAUACAUGUGUGAUUUGGUGGGUUGGGGCACAAUUCUGGACUGGACUUCCUGAGCUAUGCCUUGCCCCUUUACCCCCAACUUCAAGUUCUGGCUGCAUUCCUGGAUCACGUUGACUUGUUCUUGGAUCACCAUUCCCACCUUUAUUGUUGCUUAUGGCUCUGGCCCCUUGGACUCUCUGAAUAGAGCAGCCAGUCUCAACCCGUUUUCUGCAGCAGAGCCAGGAGGCAGCAUGUGAUAACAAUUACUUUGGGACAGAAGAACUCUAGAUGGAUGGCCUGGGUUUAUUGUGGCCCUUAGCUGGACUCUUUCUCUACCAGCCUCCCUCUUCCCCCUUCCCCCAGCAGCACCAGCAGCUGCUGAUAUCCUGCUCAUUACUCAAUGGUACUUGGGGGUGGGCUGAUGUUGGGGGAGGGCAGCAGCCACUGGGGGAGCUGUUACCAUUUUAUACCAUUGUUUACUCUUUUCUGUGAUUAAAAGUGCUUCAGCCCUC